CAUUGCAUGACGUCCUCUCUACACCCUCCACCGACGUUCGCUCUCAGAUCCAAAAACCAAAUAUUUUAUCAAUUCAUUAUUACCCCACCCUUGAUUCCUUCCUUCCUUCACACCUUCAACCAAACCAAAAUCCCAAAACUGUCACAGAUCUAAUCCUUCUUCAACCAAUGGUUUCCCCCACCACCACCGUCGUUCCCCUCCUCCUCUUCCUCUUCCUCACCACCACCACCGCCGAAAUCCGCUACACCUCCCUCCGAUCCGACCCCCGCCCCAUCAUCCCCUUAGACGAAUUCGGCUUCACCCACACCGGCCGACUCGAACUCAACGUCACCAACCUCUCAUUCUCCUCACCACCCCCUGACCCCACCAAUCUCGGCUUCUUCCUCUGCACUCGCGACUCAUGGCUCCACGUUCUCCAACAGAUCGAAGACGGUGACGUCACCUGCGCCCUCCAAUCCGACGUCAUCAAACACGUCUACACCUUCACUUCAGAUUCCCUCACUUCCAAAUCUCUCAACCAGUUUUACCUCCAACAAGAUGCCGACCAGUACACUCUCGUCUUCGCUAAUUGCCUUCCUCAGAUUAAGGUUACCAUGGACGUACGAUCCGCUAUGUAUAAUCUAGACGGACGCUCCAGAUCUCGCGAUUAUUUAUCCGCUGGAAUUACCGUUUUACCCCGGGUUUAUUUCCUAUUCUCUUUGGUUUACUUCACUUUGGCUGCAAUUUGGAUAUCUGUGUUGUACAAAAAACGGUUAACUGUCUUUGGAAUUCAUAUAUUCAUGCUUGCUGUUGUGGUCUUAAAGGCUUUGAAUUUGUUAUGUGAAGCCGAGGAUAAGUCGUAUAUUAAGCGAACGGGUAGCGCGCACGGGUGGGAUGUUUUGUUUUACAUAUUUAGUUUUCUAAAAGGGAUCACAUUGUUUACGUUAAUCGUGUUGAUUGGGACGGGUUGGUCGUUUUUGAAACCGUAUUUGCAAGAUAAGGAAAAGAAGGUUUUGAUGAUUGUGAUCCCGUUGCAAGUGGUGGCGAAUAUCGCGCAGGUUGUUAUAGACGAGUCUGGGCCGUACGCGCAGGAUUGGGUGACGUGGAAGCAGGUGUUUUUGUUGGUGGAUGUGAUUUGUUGUUGCGCGAUUUUGUUUCCGAUCGUGUGGUCGAUUAAGAAUUUGAGAGAGGCUGCGAGGACGGAUGGGAAGGCUGCGGUUAAUUUGAUGAAGUUGACGUUGUUUAGGCAGUAUUAUGUUGUGGUGAUAUGUUAUAUUUAUUUUACUAGGGUUGUGGUUUACGCGUUGGAGACGAUUACGUCGUAUAAGUAUCUUUGGACUAGUGUGGUGGCUGCUGAGUUGGCGACGCUUGCGUUUUAUGUGUUUACUGGGUAUAAUUUUAAGCCUGAGGCGCAUAAUCCGUAUUUUGCGGUGGAUGAUGAUGAAGAAGAAGCGGCGUCUGAGCAGUUGAAGCUUGAAGAUGAAUUUGAGCUGUGAUGUAUCUUGGUCGUUGUUUCGGCUUUCAGGUCUGUUUGGUUUUGAAAUAGGAGUCAUACAAAUGAAAAGUUUAAUUGAUUGUUAAAUUCAUAUUAUUAUCCAUUUCUAUACUAUUCUUGUGUAUUGGGUAUCUGGAACAAUGAUACGGUUUUGUAAGUAGUAGUGUUCUUCAUGUUGUUUGUUCUAUUCAUAAUACAAGUGUUCAUUUCUUGAAGCA